GCACCAGACGCGUGUGUUUCACUUUUCCGCGAGAGUGCAGAGGGGCUCGCUUGAUACGCGUCGGGGGGAAAGCGGGCUAUAAAGACGGUGGUAUCUUGGGGGGAAACAUCCAGUAAAGUCUGGACUUUGACCAGAUCGUGAGAGACCGGACAGACAUGAGAAUUUUGUUUCUCACGGUGUUAACGGGGCUACUGGCCUUGGCCGUGUGCGAGAAGGAGAUCGAAAAUGCCGGGGAUCUGAAGAAGCAGAACAAACGGGGGCUGAGUCACAUCGAGGGAGACUUCGGGGGACACGACGACGGCGGUUACGGCGGUGGUGGCGAUUACGGCGGCGGUGGUGGCGAUUACGGCGGUGGCGGCGACUACGACGGCGGUCAUGAUAUCGGCGGUCACGACAGUGGAUACGACGGUGGUUUUGGCGGUGGUUACACCAUCGGUGGCGCCGGCGGCGACGACGGCGGCAAAGUCAAGCAAAUCACGAUCGUGAAAAACGUGAAAGUACCCUACCCGGUGGAGAAGAAGGUCCACUAUCCAGUAGAGAAGGAAGUACCGUAUCCGGUUAAAGUGCCGGUACCACAACCCUACCCGGUCGAGAAGAAGAUACCGGUACCGGUGAAGGUUUUCGUGAAGGUGCCAGUUCACAUACCACAACCGUAUCCAGUGGAGAAGAAGGUGCCUUAUCCGGUGCACGUGCCCGUGGAGAGGCCGGUGCCCUACAAGGUGUACGUCCCGCAGCCAUACCCGGUCGAGAAGAAGAUACCUUACCCGGUGAAGGUACCGGUACCAGCGCCGUUCCCGGUGGAGAAGCCCGUGCCGUAUACCGUGAAGGUCCCGGUGCACGUGCCGCAACCCUUCCCCGUGGAGAAGCCGAUACCAUACCCAGUGAAAGUGCCCGUCGAGCGACCGUACCCGGUACACGUAAUCAAACCAUACCCGGUUCCGGUAGAGAAACCGGUGCCUUAUCCGGUGGAGAAGAAGGUACCCUACCCGGUCAAGGUACACGUGGAACGACCGGUAGCAGUGCCCGUGGUGAAGCCAGUGCCUGUACACGUGAAGAUACCGGUGCCGGCGCCGUACCCGGUGGAAAAGCCAGUACCCGUUCCGGUGGAGAAGCCGGUACCCUACCCCGUAAAAGUGCCUGUCGAGCGACCCGUACCGGUCCACGUGACGAAGCCGGUGCCUGUGACGGUACCAAAGGCGGUACCGUACCCCGUGAAAGUGCCGAUAGCGGUACCAGUGCACGAUCACGAUCAUGGUUCCUCGUUUGGUGAUUACGAAUCCAGCUUUGGGGGACACUCCGGGGGAUAUUAGUAUCAAAGCGCAUGGCAGUGGAGGAUUUUUCGCUCUCGGCUCGAAGAAAAACUGACGCAUACGGCAAGGGAGGAAGUCCCGAGUGAGAGAGAUAGACAGGGGACGAUACGAUAGUACCAAGAAAAUUCGUUAAUCUGAGAAAUUCGUUAAGCCGAGAAAUUCCGAUCAAAAUGUUGUAUAUAAGAGAACGGAAACAUACACGAAGAAAGUUUCACAGUCAAAAUUACUACAGGAUUUUGUAGCCGAACAGAUCGAUAUUCUGCAGUAAUUCACUAUCCUUUCAUUUUACACGCUCUACUUGUAUUUUGGGAAUUGUAAUACGCUGUUAAAACACUGGUUAUAUUUCUAGCGAAAUUUACUGUGUUUGUAGCGAAAUUUACUAUGUUUGUAAACAAAACAGACCUCAUUGAGUCUAUUUGAUAGUCUAUUAGACUAAAAACAUAGUAAAAUUGAAAAGGAUUAAUAUGUAAAAAGAGCUAUAAUAUUCUCUCCGUGUAUAAAGGCGGGAAUGCAAUUAGAAUUAGAUAAUCAGAGCGGGUUAAUCGUGGCGAUAAGAUCCACUUGCGCAAGUCCUUCACUGCAUCGCACGAGCGGACGCGUCGGCGCCCGCACUUUGCACGUCGCAAUGACACUUUUUCUGCGUUCUCCUCUCUUUAAUAAGUCGUAACGCGUCGUAACGUGGGAAAGAUCCAAAAGCUCCAAAAAUUGCGUGAUUUGUAAUGAGUAACCGGUCGACUCAAUCGGGAGCGUUAAAGAAGCGUUUCCUUGGCGGACGCGCGACACAGGUGUAUUCGCGCGCUCGCGAGGGAAACGCGGACGUAUUUAUUUUCCUGCGACUCGACGUCGUCCCCUCAACGUCGCGAGGAAGAUGAGUUUGCAGAAGCAGCCGCUCUUGCGUCGCGAAAGGCGAUUAUGGUUGCCGCGAGUCCGCAUAGACAGCGCUAACGAUUUCUUAGAUAUAGUACCGACACUUAAGUACCUACGAACACAUGUUGUACUAUGUGUUUUUAAUGACGUUUGUAAACAGAUGUCUCUGUACGAUGUCUUUCGCUUCUUUCUAAUAAAACCAAAGAGCAAAGCGA